AUGGAUCUAAUCGAAACAAAUAACUUUUUUAUAAUCGUCAAUGGAAGUCAAGCAUUAUAUUGCGAUCGUCUAGUUGGAAAGCUUACUAUUAGACAUGCGUCCGAUGUAUUUAACGAGUGGAAUCCUAUUUGUUUGGGCAAAAUUGACGGCGUCAUUGGGAAAAUUCGUUAUCAUUCAGAUAGCGAUUGGAGAUUAUUUUUAAUUAGUGCAAGUAAAUCAGUUGGUACAUUACCAGAUGGUUUGGAAGUUCGUCGAAUUAGUCGGGUAACAGUAUUAGUUUUGAAUACAAAUCCAGUCGGUGAUCUGAAUUUAAAUUCAUGUAAUCGUUCUCAUCCAGAAAUUCCGAAGAAAACCAACAAACCAAUAAUACCAAAUAUUCCUCAACGUCCUUUUAUGAAAUUAAUGCAAAAGCAUGUUGUACCUCCUGAUACCAGAAAUCCAAGAUGGAGAAUACUUAGACGAAAAGAAAAAUAUGAACAACGUAUUGAAGAGGAGUUAAUCAAUAUGCUUCAAUCGGAAGACGAAUCGCAUUUCUAUUUUUCUCCCGGUGGAGGUGAUCUUACCAACUGGACACAGCGUAAAACACAUCCAUCUUAUUGGAAUGGUGUACCUGUAAAUACGGAUGAUCUCUUAACCGACAAUAAUUCAAGUGAAGAACAGUCAUAUUAUUCACCAAAACCAGAUAAACCUAUUUGGCAUCAACCUGUUUGGAGACGGGCUGAUGAAAAAUUCUUCUGGAAUUCUCAUUUAUUAUCUCAACCAAUUAUUGAAGCAGAUCGUAUGCUUACAACAUGUGGUUUCCCAGUUUAUGGUUCUAAUUUCAAAUCAUCGGAAUCUGUAACUCAAUUCAAUAGUUUAAUAACUGAUUUAGAAGGUCUAUUAAUGCCUAUUGUUCAAGGUUAUGUACAAAUGGAAGAAUUCAUCUUGGAUCGACUUCAAGGUGGUCAGUUACGAGUGAAUAUUAUGCCGAAAACAAAAGAUUCCAUUGAAAAAUCCACUACAAAUUUACCUUCCAUAGCUGUAGAAUAUUCAAAUAAUCCUAUUAAUCCAAUAUCAAAUGACACAGAUCAAAUUAAUAUCAUUGAUUUAAACAAUCAAUGCACAAUGGAGGCUAGAAUAGAUGACAACAAUAAAGCACCUCAUUUAGAAUCAUCCAUUUAUCAUAAUACUGAUAAUAAUAAUAAUAAUAAUAAUAAUAAUAAUAAUGAUAACAAUGUUGAUAUCAGUGUUCAACAAGCUGUGGAAUUUGAUCCAUCAAUCUUCUCAUCUGUACCAUCGUUUUUAUCAACCACAACAAAAUCAAUGCAUACAUUGAAUACAGGAAGACGACAAUCCCAAUUGAUUGAUUCAAAUGAAAAAGAUACAUUCAUUGAUACAAAGGACAAUACUGUUGGAAGUGUUCUUUCUCACACGAACAAUAGAACAAGUUCAAUGGAUAAUUUACUUUCCAAAGAUGAUAAUUCAUCCGAUAGUAAUAUUAAUGAUAAUAAUAAUAAGAAUAAUAAUAAUACUAGUAGUUUUAAGCAUACUAUUCUAAAGCCAAUGAUGAUUCGAGAUGUGGAACAUGUUACAGUUAUCCUAUUUUCCCGUCGUAGUUGUUAUCGAGCUGGUACUCGUUAUAGACGUCGUGGAAUCGAUGCAGAUGGGCAUGUGGCUAAUUAUGUUGAAACAGAACAAAUUUUGCAUACAAACAUUGGUGAAUUUCCACAUACAGUUGUAUUUCUUCAAUGUCGUGGUUCGGUGCCACUUUAUUGGAGUCAAACAAGUUUAGUUUAUAAUCCACCGAUACUUUUGGAGAAGUCACAAAAUGAAAAUCAAGAAGCAUUCAACAAGUAUUGGUCAGAACGCUUUCAAGAAUUCAAACGUAUUCUGAUUGUGAAUUUAUUAAGUUCUGGACGUAAACAUCGUGAAACUCUAUUGACAAAUGCAUUUUUACGGCAUAUUCUAUUAUCGAAAAAUGAACAUUUAGCUUAUAUAGGUUUUGAUUUUCAUGAUUUCUGUCAAAAUUCUCAAUUUCAAAAUGCUUCAGUUCUUCUCUCUGGUAUUGCAGAUUUAUUUCGUAAUUUUAAUUAUUGCUGGAUUACUCGUAAUGGUGUAAUAUGUGAACAAAGAUGGUUAUUUCAUGUGAACUGUUUAGAUUGCUUAGAUCGUACAAAUUUAGUUCAGUGUAUGUUUGCUGUUGUAAUGAUUACAACUCAGUUGAAAAAAAUUGGUUUAUUAGGCCCCGAGGAAUGUUUACCCAUUGAAUUUCUACGAACAAUUCAACAUAUGUGGGCAACAAAUGGCGAUGCUAUCAGUAAAAUAUACGCAGGGACAAGUGCAAUGAAAGGUGAUUACACAAGAACUGGUUCACGAACAGUGAAUGGUCUAAUGCGUGAUGGUGUUUAUUCAGUCAGUCGUUAUUAUUUACGUCUUCGUGAAAUUACUCGUCAAGCUGCAAUUGAUUUAUUCAUUGGAAAUGAACAAAGUCCUGAACUCAUCAUGCUUUGUAAUGGUUCCGGUUUAGAAUCAUCCUCAUUACAAGUAAGAAUGAUCUGA